CUACACCCUUGGGAUCAGGAACACCCACUGGAUCCGUGGUUGUUCCAACCCGCGAUCGGAGUGGCACCAUCAUCGCACGACCCGUCUGGGACCGUCCGCCCAAUACCACCAACGUCUUGACCAACACAGCCACAACCAACACCGCCAGGAGGUCACCACCAUCCACAGACAUAUCCCGCCCAGACACCGAAACGGAGGACGAUGGCGAUGGAGACGCCGAUAUCGACAUGGAUCGCGGUAGGAUCGACGAUUCAGACGUAGCAUCUGCAUCAGCCUCUCCAUCCCCCGAACGGCCUCCCCGUCGACUGCCCCUCCCUCUGGGGAGGAGGGCGGUGGGCAUCGUCACGGACGAUCAAACCACCGGAGCUCUUCCACCCGAUAUGGGUAUGGGUGGUUUGGACACCGAUGCGCAUAUUAUCAUCAACGACGCUGGGGCCGGGGAAGUUGUUGGAGGUGUGGGUGUGGAGGUUGGUGUGGAGGAUGGGAUUGUGAGCCUUGAGGCUAAUGAUGAUUUUGCGAUGGGUGCGCCGCCUGGUGCGCCUGGUGCUAUUAAUGCUGAGGGUGGGACGCCUAGGGGGAUGAAUUUUGAGGGGAGGAGGAGGAACACGAACCCCUCUACAAAUGUGGGAGAGGCGCCGGAUGUUACGCCUCGUGCUGGGGUUGUGGGGUUGCCGAUGAUGGUUGGUGGGAAUACGACUAUAAGGGGGCCGGCUGCGGCUGUGCCAUCGCCAGCAGGACCAGCGCAGCACCACCACCAGCAUCAGAGGAACGCGACUAUUCGUGCGGGGGGAGGAAGGGUGGUUAACCCUGAUGCGUUGGGACCUCGUACGGACGCUGGUGCCAUUGCAGCUGCCAUCGCACGCACAGGCGGCGGUGGUGGAAAUGCCACCACCACUACCGCUAACAACAACACCAACAACAAUGGAGGCAGCCACCACACACAUACUCGAGACACGGAAUCAAGUGGUCCCUACAGAGACGAAGACGUCUUAUUAUCCCUCCAACUCCUCGCGUAUCUGAGCAAAUACCCACAUGUGAGGCAGGCAUUUUAUAAGCCGCGCGUUACGUUUCAUCCUGCUAGUCUUGGGUUGGCUGGUGCGAGGUAUGGUGUUCAGGGGAAGAAGGAGGGUGGAAGUGGGAAGGAAAAGGAGGGGGGUAAGGAAAAGGAAAAGGAAAAGGAAAAGGAGGGGGGGGGCGGGAAAGAUAGGGGAGGGGGGAAGGAAAGUUUUUUCAGAGCUUUUGCGAAUGUUGCUGGUGGGAGUGGGAUUGGGAGGGGUAAGGAACGUCCGUCGUCUUCCUCCUCCCCCUCCCCUUCUUCUCCUUCCACUUCGUCACUGCACAACAACCCAAGCACCUCCCCGCCUACUACUACUACCCCCCUCCGCCAGACCAAUGUUUUUUCACUCGUGGAGCGGUUCACCUUUAAACCCAGUUCGACGGAGACGGACCUGCCGAACCCGCCUCCUAGGUUACCGCCUGAGAUACAGUAUUGGGCUGGCGUUAUUAUGCGGAAUGCGUGUAGGAAGGAUGAUAGUCGUGGUGGGAUUAGGCAGUGUGCUAAUAUGCUCUGUGGACGCUGGGAAACUUACCCACGCGAAUUUGCGAAAUGCAGAAGGUGCAGGAAGGCAAAGUAUUGUGGCAAGGAAUGUCAGAGUACGGCGUGGAGCGAGGGACAUCGGUUUUGGUGUAGUGCGAAGGAUGUGGAUGAGGAUGUUACUGUUGAAAGGGAACGGGAGAGGGUUGAACAUCCGCCACAGCAACAACCACAACAACCACAUGGAGCGGGGGGGAUACAGGUCGCGCAGUUUGGAGUUGGGGAUGUUGUUAAUGUUCCUGUUGGACGGGAGGUGAGGAGGACGAGGGAGAGGGAUCGUGUGCAGGGGUUGGUGGUGGCGGCUCCUCCGCCUUUACCUCCGCAUACGAGAGCGGAGGGGAGCAUGGCGCGUGAUCGGACGUUACAACAACAACAACAUCAAUUGCAGGCGUCUCCGCAUACGCGUAUUCGAUCUCGACAAGGACAUGGACAGCAAGUGCAGGCGGCGCCUGACCCGACGAAUGCUGCGUAUUUGACGUUCCAGGUGCAAGGCCAGGAGUCGUCUGGGAAUGGAAGGAGGAGGGCGGAGACGAUUACGGGGUUGGGUGGACAUGCACAUGCUCAUAGGCUGGUGGACGUUCAGAUCCCACCGACUGCGCCAGCCCCAUCACACCCACACCCACACCCACAUAGGAUGAUACCACGGCAUCCGUUGCAUCAUCAGCCGCAAGGUCCGUUAGUCCCGCAGGAGUGGUUCUCGCCGCCGAAUUUUAGGGGGAGGGGUAAUGAGCCUGGUCCGUCGAGGAGGACGAACCCGAAUCAGAAUCAGAGCCAGACGAGGAGGAUGGAUGUUAGUCCUACGACGACCACGACGAGUUUGAGUUAUCGGGGUUCGAGUGCGUCUGCUUCUGGGGGUGGGGAUGAUAAUGAUAUGGUUUUGGGAUGA